AUGGUUUGUGUUUUGCACAAAAAGGAUCUUCAAACCCAGUUGAUGGGAACACUCCCACCAGAAAGGGUAAACUAUUCGUUUCCGUUCACCCACGUAGGUUUGGAUUUCGCUGGCCCCUUUGAACUAAAGGUUCAGAAGGGUCGGUUCUAUCAAGCUAUAAAAGGUUAUGCUUGUCUCUUUAUUUGCCUCUGUACAAAAGCUGUACAUUUAGAAGCAGUUGGAAGUCUCUCCACUGACUCGUUUUUGGCAGCUCUCGAUAGAUUUGUAGGACGAAGGGGUGUGCCCCAACAACUAUUUUCCGAUAAUGGUACUAAUUUCGUCGCUGCUAAUAAAGUCCUCACUAAUGAGCUUCGAAAGGCUUUGGCAGACUCAACCUCGGAAGCUGAAAAAACGUACUUGCCUAGGAAUUUGAAAUGGAACUUUAUCCCACCAGGUUCUCCUCAUAUGGGUGGCCUUUGGGAGGCCGGAACAAAGUCCUUUAAAACUCAUUUUAAGAAAGUUGUUGGAAACUCCAAGCUAACUUUUGAAGAGUUCUCUACAUUGCUCGUCAAAAUUGAGUCUUGUAUGAAUUCCCGCCCUAUUUCUCCAAUAAGUGAAAAUCCUUUCGAAUCUUUACCCUUAACACCAGGUCAUUUCUUAAAAGGUUCACCUUUGCUUUCCUUACCUGAAAGACAAAUUGGUGAAAGUACCACCCUAAAGAGUUGGCAAAGAGUUCAACAAAUUUUACACUCCUUUUCUAAGCGAUGGAAGGAAGAAUAUUUAACUGAUCUUCAGCGAAGAACAAAGUGGAAAUUUCCUAAACGUAAUGUUGAAAUUGGAGACAUUGGGGUUGUUCGCAAUGAAAAUUUGCCACCCACUUAA